AUGAAGACUUCCAAGGCUGGUUUUCAGCAGGACCAUCUUCCCAUUAUCUCCGUUACCUACACCAGUGUCCCCAGAAGCACACAAAAGUUUAAUACCUUGGAGAGCGAGUUUGAGAAUCUCGGUGCAUUGCCUUAUAACAUGAUCCUCAACAUGGGCAUUUCGCUCACCGAGUCCUGA